CUAAGACUCUCCAGACGUCCAACAUUGUCCAAAUCUAUUGUGUCUCAGCUACCUAAGCAUGGGCACACAGGUGCUAAAACAGGACUGAAGGGGCACCUUCACUUUCUUUCAUCACUUUUUGGGGGGAUCAAGUAGGUGAACUUUGACACACCGCCACUAACAAAUCCAGGAGAUACCAAUUAAGAUACAACGUUCAGUAUUUUGUGGCUUUUAUUUCUUCCCACCAUUUUGGUCGGAUUAUUCCUUAUUUGCUUUUGGAUUACAAACCCAUCUUUCUCCUACAAUAAUCAUUUUACCGUCUCUCCUUUGAGAAACACUCAUCGGAAUCAGUUAACUCCAUCUCAAAUUCUGAAUUCUACCUGUUGCACUUCAAGUUUUUCCAGACUUACUCUUCUUCACCUUUGACCUUACCGACCCUUUCCAGGUCGCCUCUCUCAGAUCAUUCCAGCAGUCAGUCACUGCACUCUCCUCCUUCCCCUCUGAUCCAACUCAUCAUCCCUUCAUCACCACAUUCCUCAUUUAUUUCUCCCAGUGACCCUCGGAGCCUCCGUGGGCUCCCACCACCACCAUGGUGCUGAUGAAGAUGAAGUUCCCUUUCGAGAAGAGGGUGAAGCUGGCCCAGGGUCUGUGGCUGCUCUCCUGGAUGGCCACACUGGCCGGAGCGUUCACCUUCACCCUGGGCUGCUUCCUCAAGACCGAGCUCCGCAGGAGGGCAGAGGUAAUGGACAACACAGAGAUCCAUGCUGUGCCCAACACCCUGAUGAUAGUGGGUCUGGCCUCUCUGGGUAUCAACUACUUCGCAGGGCGUAUGUGCCAGGAUGCGUUGGACGCCGGGCGCUUCCCCCGCUGGAAGACCUUCAUGCAACCCUACUGGGGUGUCUCCCUCCUCUUCACCCUCCUCAUGCUGACGGCCGUGAUCAUGAGCUACGCAAUGAAGGGGAACCUGGAGUCCUCCCUGAAGAUCGGUCUGAAGAACGGCAUCCGCUUCUACAAGGACACAGACACCCCUGGCCGCUGCUUCCAGAAACAGACCAUUGACCGCCUGCAGAUGGAGUUCCGUUGCUGCGGAAACACCGACUUCAAGGACUGGUUCGAGGUCCAGUGGAUCAGCAACCGCUACCUAGACUUCAGCUCUAAGGAAGUGAAGGACCGUGUUAAGAGCAAUGUGGACGGGCGUUACCUGUUUGACGGGGUCCCUUUCAGCUGCUGCAACCCCAGCUCCCCAAGACCCUGCAUCCAGGACCGCCUCACCAACAACUCAGCCCACUACAGCUAUGAGCACCAGACCGAGGAGCUCAACAUCUACAUCCGCGGCUGCAGGGAAGCUCUGGUCAACUACUACAUGGGCCUGAUGAACACUAUUGGUGCUGCGGUGCUGUCCGUCUUCCUGGUCCAGUCAUCUGUGCUGGUAAGUCUGCGGUACCUGCAGACAGCCAUGGAGGCGGUGGCAGGGCAGGAGAACACUGAGAUUGAGACCGAGGGGUACCUGCUGGAGAAAGGGGUGAAGGAGACGAUCAUGGAGUAUGUGACUCCUGUGCUGGUUUUUCUUCAGCUGAACCAGGUGGGCAGUGAGGACGCUGAAGCUUAGGCGACCCCCGCCAGAUAAAGUGGAGAAAUCUAAAUGUUUCAGACUGGGUGUUGUAGGGGACAAACUUGGCAUUUUAUUGGGUGAUAAAUAAUCUAACUAGACACUGAUCAAUUAAUCUGGUAUUUCUUUGACAUCACAAUCCAUUUUAAUGCUGAUGUAUUUCUAUGUUUAAUGUUUUAACCCUAAAUGCAGUGUUUGCCAAACUCGGUCCUGGGGACCCCAAGGGGUGCACAUUUUG